CUCCCGGAGAAGCCGCUCUCUAUGGUUGGUCGGGGAGGCCUUGGGAACGGGCCUGUGAUCAUGUGACCCCCCGUCCUGUCCAAGAUGGCGUCCUCCAUAGUGGCGGGGGAGCGGCUGGUGCGGGCGGCGGCCUCUGCCAGCGGGGAGCUUGGGCGGCUUCCCCGCGAGCUGCGGGCGGAGCUGGAGGCCGCUUUGGGGGCCCAGGCCGCCGGGCGCGGCCCCCUCGUCCCCUUCAGCCUGCUCCGGAAGUUGCAGGGCGCCCUGCGCCAGGCAGGUUCUCCUGUGUAUCUCCAUGAGCUACUGGAAGGCAGCGAGAUUUAUCUCCCUGAAGUGGAGAAACCUCCAAGGAACCCAGAGCUGGUGGCCCGUCUGGAGAAGAUAAAGGCUAAGCUAGCCAAUGAGGAAUACAAGCGGAUAACAAGAAACAUCAACUGCCAGGAACUGAACCGGUACGGGACUCUGGCUGACUUGGGAAGGCAAGUUAGGUCCAUGAAAGCCGUGGUCAUCACCAUAUUCAACUUCAUUGUCACAGUGGUGGCUGCAUUUGCCUGCACAUACCUGGGCAGCCAGUACAUCUUCACAGAAAUGGCAGCGCGUGUGCUGUCAGCUGUGAUCGUGGCCUCAGUGGUGGGCUUGGCUGAACUGUACGUGAUGGUGCGGACCAUGGAAGGGGAGCUCGGAGGAUUGUAGUCAGGAGGCUUUCACUUAGACUGUGAUCCUUAUGCUGGAGGUCUUUUCCUCCCCUGUGGGUUGAAUGAAUCACCAGAUGCACUGAACAGGGACCUUGUGGCAUGGAACAGAAGAGUCAGCUGCAUUGGGAGGUUUCAAAUCCAUGAAUGGCCCAGGGAAGAGUGGGGGGAUCGUCUAGCUCUGAAGUUGCUGUCCCUUGUUCAAAAUAAAUGGGUUCUGUGUGCAUUAGAAUUACCUUCCUCCUGCCCGAAGGCAGAUUCCUAGGGCGGAGAUGCUGCGUGUACCGGGGCAGCCUGGGUGUGUCUCUGCCCUCUUUAUCCCAACCCCUACUCCAUUGCUUCUACAGAAGCCAUUACACUUGGUUUCUUUAAUGCUCUUCCAUUCCUGCAUGGUGCACUAGCCAAGCUGUUUUAGGGUAAAGCACAGUUUGUACAGGGCAUGAGCCCUGCCUGCUCUUGACUGAAGCAGUGGGUGCCUCACCCAGGCCCUGUGCUCAUGGCAGUGCAUUUUCUCCCCCCUGCAGACAGCUGCUCCCCUGGAGAAUGAGGGCACCUACUCCCACACUGUUCCUCCCAUACUGGGACAUUUCCUAACUCAGAAGGUGUUGCAGCCAAUACAGGGAAUUCUUUAUCUGUUAAGAUGAGAUCUAAUAGAGAAACUGACUGCAGACCUAAAAAUUAAUGAUAGCUUAGGUAUAAGUGAUUAUGACUUAUGUACAGUGUGAAUAAAGUCUAGACCAGUAAUAUAGAUACGUGUGCUACUUUAAUAAGGCCAGUUUCACAAAGCCAAAAACAAUUGGGCCAAAUGAGCUGGGAGGGAUGACUUAAGCAGAAAAAUGUAAAUGAUAAUUGGGAAACAUUUAACAACACCUUACUAGAUGCCCAAAAAGAUGCAAGCAAGGAAGAAAGAUGUAUUGAUUAAAAACUGACUUCUUUUAGAGGGGAAAGGAAGGCAGCUAUAAAAAAAAAGUGUAACAAAUUAAAGAAAAGGGGGAGUGGAUAGGGACAAGUCACAAGUUGGAAAUUGUAGAAAACGUAUAAGGGAAGCAUAUGGACAUAAGGAGAAAUCUAUAGCCAGCAGAAUUAAGAAGGAGUUUUAAAAAUAUAUUAGGAACAAAAGCAAUCAUGAUAAUAGUAUUGGUCCAUUACUAGCUGGAAAUGGUAGAAUCAUCACUCAUCAGAAAAGGCAGAAGUGUUCAAUAAAUAUUUCUGUUCUGUAUUUAGGGAAAGACAGAUGAUAUAGUCUCAUCGUAUGGUGAUAACUCCACUCCACUAGUUGGGCAUUUUUAAAUCAGCAGGUUCAGAUAACUUGCAACCAUGAUUUUUAAAGAGCUGGCUGAGGAGCCUCCCAGGCCACUAAUGUUGGUUAUCAGUGAGUCCUGGGGAAGUUCCAGGAGAUUGGAAACAAGCUAAUAUUGUGCCAAUUUCUAAAAAAGGCAAACUGAAUGACCUGGGUUAUUAUAGGCCUGUCAGCCCGACACUGAUCCUAGGGAAGAUAAUGGAGCCGGUGAUACAAGACUUGAUUAAUCAAGAAUUAAAGGAAGGUAAUGUAAUUAAUGCAAAUCAUCAUGGGUUUACGGAAAACAGAUGCUGUCUAACUAGUAAUCUCAUCAAAAAAUAUCUGGCUGAUAAAGGUAUAAUGGACUUGGACUUUCAGAAAACCUUUGACAAGGUCCCUCACCAAAGGCUCUUAAACAAAGUAAGCAGUGCUGGGACAAGAGGGAAUGUCCUCUUGUGGAUCAGUAACUGGUUAAAAGAAAGGAAACAAGAGUAGGAAUAAAUGGUUAGUUUUCACACAGGAAAAAGGUAAAUCAUGGGGUCCCCCACAAAUCUACACUGGGACCAGGGCUGGUUAGCAUAUUUAUAAGUGAUCUGGAAAACUGGGUGAACAGUGAAGUGGAAACAUUUGCAGAUGACACUGAACUACUCAAGAUAGUUAAGUCCAAAGCAGACUGAAGAGUUACAAAGGGAUCUUAAUAAACUGGGUGACUGGAGAACAAAAUGGCAGAUGAAAUUCAGUAUUGAUAAAUGCAAAGUAAUGCACAUUGGAAAAAUUAGUCCUAACUAUGCAUAUAAAAUUAUGGGGUUUAAAUUACCUAUUACCACUUAAGAAAGAUCUUGGAAUCAUUAUGGAUGGUUCUCUGAAUACAUCUUGUCAAUGCGCAGCCGCAGACAAAAAAGCUAACAAUGUUAGAAACCAUUAGGAAGGGAAUAGAUGAUAAAACCAAAUAUCGCGAUGCCACUAUAUAAAUCCAUGGUACUCCCACACCUUAAAUAAUGCAUGCAGUUCUGGUUGCCCCCUCUCAAGAUAUAUUAAUUGGCAAAGGGACAGAGCAGGGCAACAAGAAUUCACUAUGGUGAGAAGCCUACUUGGACAAAGAUUGUAAAUUGCUAAUGUUAAGUUUUAGUCACUAAAAAGCAUGUUUUACUUGUAACCAACCUGUGUCUUCUGUUCUUCUCUCUUAAACCUACCUUCUUCAUUA